UAUAACUUCAUGCGCCUCAAAGAAAAUCAAACCACUGUUAAUACAUAUAUAUCCUUUGCUUCCGUUUAAUCCUUAAUUAAUUAAGAAAUAUACACAUAAUUAAACCAACCAGAGAAGCAAUGGAUUUGAAGAAAAUCAAGGAGUUCACCAUUCUCAACAGCCCAGCUCUUGAAAAGUACAUAUUAGAAACAAGUGCGUACCCUAAUGAACAUGAACAAUUGAAGGAAAUUAGGGAUGCCACUUUGGAGAAAUACAAACACAUGAGCAUUAUGAAUGCAUCUGCAGAUGAAGCACAAUUCCUAUCAAUGUUAUUGAAGCUAAUGAAUGCCAAAAAUACCCUAGAAAUUGGUGUUUUUACUGGCUAUUCACUUCUUACUACUGCACUCGCUCUUCCUGAAGAUGGCAAAGUUAUAGCAGUUGACCCGGACAUGGAAGCAUACAAGGUUGGAUUACCGGCCAUUAAAAAGGCAGGAGUUGAGCAUAAAAUUGAGUUUGUUGAAGGAAAUGCCAUGCCAUUUUUAAAUGAUUUAAUAAGCAAGGGCAAGGAAGGGACCUUUGAUUUUGCAUUUGUUGAUGCUGAUAAGGAAAACUACAUCAACUACCAUGAGCCAUUGCUAAAGCUUGUUAAGGUCGGAGGAGUGAUCGCCUUCGAUAACACUCUUUGGUUUGGCUCGGUCGCCUUAGCCGAUGAUGAUGAAAAAUUCAAGAAUGACCCUAUUAUGGGAUACAUUAAAAAACAUGGACAUGAAGCCAUCAAAAAAUUGAAUAGCUUUCUUGCAAGUGACCCUCGAAUUGAGUCGAGCCUUCUUUCGAUUGGUGAUGGUGUUACGCUUUGCAGGCGCAAGUACUAAAAUGAAACAUACUUUACUUUCUAUUGCAAUGUUGUGUUCAUUGAUCAAAGUUAUUGUACUAAUAAAAGACUCAAUAUCAUGUGUUUUCAAAAAAAUAAAAUAAUUGUUACUAUGUACGCUACAAAUGUACAACCAAUAAAAUUGGGUUUUUUUGA